AUGGCGUCCCCUACCGACCCCCCAGCCCUUGAGCUGAUCAGUACCCUUUCUUCUCUUGUCGCCCAAACAACACAAGAUCCCCGCGCACAGAUCCGUACUGCCUUGUCCCAGGGCGGCACAAAGAUUCCUAUCCUCGUGGCGCUUGACGAUGACCCAACCGGCACACAGACCUGCAACGGUAUCCCGGUGCUCGCCGUCUGGGACCCCGCCACCCUGACGGCCGAAUUUCGCCGCACGAGACCUGGCUCCGGUUUCUUCAUCCUGACCAACAGUCGUGCGCUACACCCACCGCAGGCUCGGUCUCUUAUCCACGAGAUCUGCUCGAACCUCAAAACCGCCGCCGCCGAGGCCAACGUCAGCUUCGAGGUCGUUCUGAGGGGCGAUUCGACGUUAAGGGGCCACUUCCCACUCGAAUGCGACGUGGCUUCCGAGGUUCUGGGAGAGGCCGACGCAACCCUGCUGUGCCCCUUUUUCCUGCAGGGUGGGCGCUACACGCUUGGCGACGUGCACUACGUCGCGAGUGAAGACGGCAAGACGCUAGUCCCCGCUGCUCAGACGCCAUUCGCACGGGACGCGACUUUUGGGUACGCCAACUCCGACUUGAGGGAGUACGUGGUGGAGAAGAGCGGCGGCGCCAUAUCCCGAGAGCGGGUGGCUAGCCUUCCGCUUGAGGACACAAGGGCUGCCGAUGGUGUUGACCGGGUGCUCAAGAGGUUGCUGGCAGUGGACAAGGGCUCUGUGGUAAUCGUCAACGCUGCGGCAGAGGAGGAUGUCGACGUCGUGGUGCUGGCACUGCUUCGGGCGGCCGAGGAGCACGGCAAGCGGUACCUGUUCAGGACGGGUGCGGCCUUUGUGUCGUCGCGCUUGGGCAUCUCACCCAUCCCGCCAAUCUCGGCGCAGCAGCUCAAGUUCACCAAGGAUGCGGGCGGACUGGUCAUUGCCGGCAGCUACGUGCCCAAGACGACGGCUCAGCUCGAGGCACUGGUUCAGAAGAGCGGGGACAGGCUCACUACUGUUAUCCUGGACGUCGAGAAGCUGCUAGAAGAGAAGGAAAAGGGCAUCUCCACGGCCGAGAAUGGGGAAGUGGCACGGGCAAUUGAGCAGGCAGAGAAGGAAAUCACUAGAGGUCAGGAUGUGCUCGUCAUGACAAGUCGGAAACUAGUGGUGGGCAAGGACGCGGCCAAGAGUCUGGACAUUGGGUCGACUGUCGCUGCAGCUCUCGUGUCGUUCUUGGUCAAUCUCAAGACAAGGCCGAGAUAUGUUAUUGCCAAGGGAGGUAUUACUUCCUCGGACAUGGCCACCAAGGGGCUUGGGUUCAAACGCGCAGAAAUCGUUGGCCAGGCAGCGGCUGGCGUGCCUUUGUGGCGAUGCGAUGAGCCAGAAAGCAAAUGGAGUGGGAUUCCAUACGUGGUCUUCCCUGGCAAUGUCGGCUCAACCGACACCUUGUAUGAUGUGGUGAAUGGAUGGAGGGUAUCAACGUGA